AUGGCUAAGAAGUCUAAGGGCGGUAAGAACAAGACGCCCACGUCCACGCCCACACCGACGUCCACCAAGAAGGUGGAUGGUGGUCCGGAUCAGGAGCCGCCGGCCACGGACGAGCAGGCGACGGCGGUCAAGGAACAGCACCGUCGUGCCAGCGAGAAGAUCGAUCACCUUUUGGAGGCACGACCUGACGCCGAGGAGCUGGAGCAACGCAAUGUGCUGCCCACAGCCUCCCCUAACGUCGCACCCACGCUGCAGGGAGUACAGAAGGAACUACAACGCAAGAUGAGUGCGGCUGAGCUGGCGCAUCGCCUCGAGAGCCGCCCGGACGUGCAGGAGCUGCGUGAUCUGGACAUCAUACACGGCGGAGACGGCGUGGCACCCAGUCUGCAGGCCACACAGGAGAAACUGCAGCGCCAGAUCAACUCGGACAAGGUACACCAACAUCUGACCAAACGUCCGUCCAUCGAGGAGCUCCGCACUACGGGUGUGCUUGAGACGAGCGCCGAGUUGGCCCCUAGUCUCACAGCCACCGCCAAGAAGCUGGAGCGCAACUUGGUGCAAAACCAGGUGUCGCACUUGCUUGAGUCGCGGCCCGAGAAGGACGAGCUCGUCUCGCACAACAUCCUGGAAGAUCAGGACGCGGCGGUGGCGCCUGUGCUACAAGGAGCCAAGCAUCAACUCGAGCGCCAGUUGAAAGCGGACCAAAUCGCGCGCCAAUUGCGCCACCGACCGUCUGUGACGGAGUUGGAGGAGAAGGGAAUCAUUGACGAGGGCGAACUGGGCGAGGACGGACUGCAGAAGAAACGCUCGCUCUCGCAGCGUGCACGCUACGCUUUGGCACUCAAAGCAGCCAGUCGCAUAGCAGCAGACAAGUUGAUCUCAGCAGAGGAGAAAGCGCGUCUGAAGGAUUUGAUUUUGAGCGACGACGAGAAGGUCGUAGCUGCCCUCGAGUGCUACGAACUGGAUGAAGAUAUCGAGGAAAUGCUGGACACACUGUACCGCGUCGCCAAGGUGUCGACGUGA